AAAAUUGUUCGUCAGGAUCAACCUGACCAGCUUGCCCUCUGGCUUCGCCACUGAAUGCAUGAUAGCUAAUAUGAUAGAUCAACAGGAAAGUACUGUGGAAAGCACGAAGCGAAGAUGUUUUGUUCAGGAACUUAAUCGUUUUGGGUUCUAAAUUUCAAAUUCAUUCUUUCGAUAUGCAUCUGAAGCAUACAUAGUUGAUUAGCGAAAACACGCGAUUUUGACUCCCCCAUAAACUGAGUUGGUUAUGAUCUCAGCUGAUAAGGACCUAAACCAGAUGUUUAUGGUCCAAUUCUUUCUCCUUGUUGUUUUCAACAUCUUUUCCAGCAGCUGAUUUUAUCUUACUCAUUAAUUACCUGCAACGCUGUAAAUACUUUUAACUAAAGAGAAGAAUUUCAGAAUUUGAUGGCUUUUAUGAUUCAUGGGUUUAGCGUAGAUCGUAGUUUCCAAUGAUUUUUUUAUGGAUUUAAAAAAUAGUUCUUCGAUCCGUGAUCAGUGGUAUUGAGGUUACGUGGAAUCGAGGUGCGUAAAUAAAAAUAAAAACAAACAUGGCGGAAGAGCCAGGACCAAUGUGGCCAGUACAUUCAAAUAUAGAUUUUUGCAUAAAGCACAACGAUGAUGCGUUAUUUUUAAAUUAUAUGAAACUAAAUGAAAUACCAAAGAAAAUUUGGAAAAUCAAAAUGCUAAAGAGACUUUACAUGAAGCAGAAUCUAUUGAGGAAUUUGCCAAAUGAGAUAAGUCUCCUUGGUUCAUUGGUUUGCUUGUACUUAGAUUCAAACAUGAUUGAAAAUAUCCCACAAAGUAUUGGUUGUUUACCUUGCCUUGAGUCACUUGAGUUGAGCAGAAAUGAAAUUAAAGAAAUACCCACUUCUAUUGGAGAUUUACCCAAGUUAAAGUCAUUGCACCUAUCACAUAACAAUUUGAAAAGUCUUCCUGCUGAGAUUGGAAAGCUGAAACAUCUUUUGACGUUGAACUUAAUGAACAAUGAGAUUGAAGAACUGCCGAAAGAAAUAAACGGCUGCAUUAGUCUGAAUACUCUGCAAGUUGAUGGGAAUCAUUUAAACUACAUUCCUCGUGAAAUUUUGGACUUGGAAUGCUUACAGGACUUUUCUGCAAGUAGAAACAACCUGAAGUUUUUGCCAUUAGAUUUGUAUCAUUUAAAGUCAAUCACGGAUUUAACAUUAGAUGCAAAUUAUCAUCUGCUAUAUAUACCAGGCUCCAUCGUCCUAUGUCCCAAACUAAUAUACCUCGGAUUACACAACUGCAUCCGACCUGAAGGUGACCGGAGUAAUCCAGCUGAUUAUUUGGGUCUUCGAAUAAAGCGCAUUGGAUCUUAUACUGGCAAUGUGAUGCCUUUAGUGGAAUUAUGUUUUAGAGAAGCAGGGAAGCUGAUGAAAGACAGUGUAAAUCAAUUAAGGAACAACGUAGCUCCAACUGAGCUAUUAAACAUUCUCAAAAGACCAACUGGUACAUGUUUUGUUUGCAACAAAUCUGUAUAUACUUCCGUGUUUGUGCUUGAAAAAAGCCCAACACAAGUUUUGAGGUAUUGUUACCUGAACAAUACGCCAAACCCAUCUAUCCAUGCAGUUAUUCGAAGCAUACCAGAGGGCAUUCCGUUACUGUUUAUCUUUUGCUCUUUAAAAUGUUGCCAUUCUUGUGAAAUAGCUUUCGAAGAAUUUCGUUAACUGUUUAUUGUUUCACUGCUGUUGAAUUUUAAAAUUUUUUUAAAGAAAUGAGUUGCACAGAGUUAGAAAAGCGUUAACAGUAGAAUAAUAACAGGAUCCAACAGAGCUGCAGUGCUACAAAAGGACAAAGAGGCCUCUCACAAAAAGUGUCCAAUAAAAAGCCAGAAAUAAUCUGGUUUUGGUGUGAUGUUAUCCAUUGCCCAAAGUAGGACAUUAUUUAAUGUAAUGCUGAAUAUUAAAACAUGUUCCAGGCUCUUCAUGUUGUAAAAAGAUCUGCUUCGUUUUCACAGAGGGUUCGUUAAACUACAUCUCUUUGCAGGGAGUGUAAAAUAAAAAAAAAUCAUGAAAGUAAUACCCAAUUAUUGUUCAGCCCAGCUGGAUAUUAAGCAUACUUUUAAAAAACGAUGCAUUGAAUACAAAGAAAAUCCAUUAUCAAGAAAAUCUUAACGUUCUUUUUGUUCUCUUUCUCGUAGAAAUAAUAUUUAGCUAUUCGUCUUUUGAAGUGGCUUUAAUCAGAAUUUCAUGUAUUAUAUCAAUAGCAAGAUGGCUUCAUAAAGGUUCAUACUCAUGAAGCCAUCUCUAGUUAAACUAAACACCGGUAUGUGCGUUUUGCAUGCAGUAUUUUUUAAAGAAGAAACUUCUUAUUUCGUUGUGGCAAAUGUGAGCACCCAGCUCGUGCUUUUCAAAGACUUGUUGUACCCCAUUGUCUUUCGUUUGUUGAAUUUUAUAAUGCUUUUAAUAUUAGUGAAUGUCAUGCAGAAGAGUUACUAAGAGACUUAUUGUAUAAAUUAAUAGUUGUGAAUAUAUUGUAUGAAAUAGUUUUUCAACUGUUUGCUGAUGACAGCGUGGAUGGUUCGUUCUAUGACAUUCAUGGCUUUUACAUAGCACAGGUACUUUUGAAUGUGCCUUGAGCAUGGGUAAACUUUAACAGACCUCUAGUGCAGCUAAGAGUAUACGUUUUUGCUUUUUUGGUCCAGCCAAGGUCUUGCAAAGAAUGUCAUUUUAACCAUAUUGUUGCCUUGACAAUAGUUGGUUUUUAACAAAGCCUUUAGAAAUAGGAAUUUCAACCUGACAACCCAACAAUUUUUGUAGAAAAUGCUUUAGUUAAGGCUACUAUUUCUAAUAAACUAUUUUAGUAAUCUAGAAAUAGAUACAUUUAGUAUUCUAAUGAACGGUUUUUUUCUUCA